AUUAAUACAGUAGACAACUGUAGAUUACUGUAGCGUCUACUGUCUCAAACAUAGGAAAAAAUUAUCGCACUGACAGUUUAAGAAAUUAAGUGGCCGAUAGCAAAGACUAACCACAUCUUGAUAAUGAUAAAAUAUAAUAAUGUAUUUGUUUGAAAAUCUACAAUAGGUUACAGUUGUGUUUGCGCUUGAAAUCCAACCUGGAGGGGCAGGAAAUUAGCGGGUUUCGUUCGAGAAAGAAAACGGAUUUACAUAGUGCUCAGGCGCUGAAACAGGACGACCAUGGGAGCUUUACUGGGGGCCUUUUCUUUUGCAAGCUGGGUGCCAUGUCUUUGUAGCAGUGCAACAUGCCUGAUGUGCAGAUGCUGUCCCAACAGCAAGAACUCCACAGUGACGCGAGUCAUCUAUGCCUUCAUUCUGUUGCUAGGGACAAUUAUAGCCUGCAUCAUGCUGUCACCGGGGGUUGAUCAACAGCUGAAAAGGAUCCCAGGGUUCUGUGAAGAUGGAGCUGGCUCUUCCAUCCCGGGUGUCCAUGCCAACGUGAACUGUGAGAUCUUUGUUGGCUACAAGGCUGUCUACCGAGUGUGCUUUGGUAUGAGCAUGUGCUUCCUGGCAUUUGCUUUGAGCAUGAUCCACGUUAAGAACACCAAGGACCCCCGUGCUGCCAUCCACAACGGGUUCUGGUUCUUCAAGAUUGCUGCCAUGGUGGCAGUGACCACUGGUGCCUUUUACAUCCCAGAGGGGCCUUUCACCCGCACAUGGUUCGUGGUGGGAACAUGCGGGGCUUUCUGUUUCAUCCUUAUCCAGUUGGUUCUUCUGGUAGACUUUGCCCAUUCUUGGAAUGAGUCCUGGGUGGACAAAAUGGAAACAGGAAAUGCCAAGGGCUGGUACGCAGCCUUACUGACUGUGACAAUCCUAAACUACAUCCUGUCGUUCAUCGCCAUCAUCCUCUUCUUCGUCUUCUACACCCAGCCAGAGGGAUGUCUUAUCAACAAGUUCUUCAUCAGCUUCAACAUGCUCCUCUGCUUCAUGGCUUCUGUUGUGUCUGUCCUUCCCAAAGUACAGGAGUCCCAGCCAAGGUCUGGUUUACUUCAGUCAUCCAUCAUCACCUUGUACACCAUGUAUCUGACCUGGUCUGCUAUGACCAACGAGCCUGACCGGGCAUGCAACCCCAGCCUGCUGAGCAUCUUCCAGCAGAUCGCCGUCCCAACGCCGGCCCCUCUGGAGAUCGAGAACCAGACAGCAGUGGUGAUCAUCGGCACGGAGGUGCCCACUCCUUCAUCGCCCUACCUGCAGUGGUGGGAUGCCCAGAGCAUCGUGGGCCUGGCCAUCUUCAUCCUCUGUAUCCUCUACUCAAGUAUCCGUUCCUCCAACACCAGCCAGGUGAAUAAGCUGACCAUGGCCUCUAACGAUGCCAUCAUCCUGGCCGAGAGCAAUGCCAGCACUCCGGUCGAGUCAGAGGGUGGGGUGGUCAGUGGGCCCAGGCGUGUGGAGGACAACGAGAGAGACGUGGUCCAGUAUAGCUACUCUUUCUUCCACUUCAUGCUCUUCCUGGCCUCCCUCUACAUCAUGAUGACUCUUACCAACUGGUACAGCCCUGACGCAGACUACAACGCCAUGACCAGCAAAUGGCCAGCCGUGUGGGUGAAGAUCACUUCCAGCUGGGUGUGUUUGUCCCUCUAUGUGUGGACACUGGUCGUCCCCAUGAUUCUAACUAAUCGGGAUUUCAGUUGAACACACUUUAGCUUCUCUCUUCCUUUUUUCUCCCUUUUCAGGCAAACCUUUGUCAUGUAUUAUAUGAUUUAUGUCAAAACAUACAGUACAGUACACCAUGUAAUCCAUAAAUAUUUGUUCAAAUAAAUUAGCCUUCACUUUUAGGAGGGUUAAUCCCAAUAGACUGAUGCAUACUUAGAUUUGGACAACACCACUGAAUAAUUUGUUCUGUGUAUUAAAAGUGCCAUAAAGCCUGAACUCGAUACCAAAUGUUUGUUAGAUGCACUAUGGGAAAUGUAGACCCAACGAGGAGAGAUUGAUUUGAAUUGCCAUACAUAGGGGGACCAAUUACAGUGGAUUGGAUGCUAUGCUAAAUAACACUUAACCAACUUGCAUGUCACAAUCACUGCUUGAUAUGUGGUGUUGUAUUGGACCAUGUAGUUUACACUGUGCAGGCCUAAAAGUGUUCAUUUAAUAGUGUUUGUCUUCUGGAAAUAGCACUUAUUUAAGUUUUUUUUGUAUAACGCUUACUUAGUUGUUGCUAUUAACUUUGUAAUUGAGUGAUUUUUCUUGUUCUUUGGAUUGUGGUUAUGACCAUAGUGUGCUGCUAAGCCUUACAUUGCCUUAUGUUGAUGAAUCUUUGAACAAAGCUAUAUAUUGGUACAGCAAUUAGAGUUUUCAAAAGUUUUUGAAUGGAUAUACACCACUUAAAAUGUGUGUGCUUCUGCCAAACAUUUGUGUACUCUUGUCCUAAAUGUUAUUUAGUGUUUAUGAGUGGAUCAGAAGAAUAAUGUCCUGCUUACUGAAGGAACAAAAUCAUAUUUUACUUCCUUAUAAUACAACUGCGGGCUAUGACUUUCUAAAAUUGCAAAGCCGUCAAGUCGUCAUCAAGUCAAAAACAUUUUGUGAGCUUGACCCUUAUAUGCACAAAAAUAAAUAAUAAAAUACUGCUUGAUAUUAGCACUUUUAAGUAUUAUAAAAUGUCUUUUUAUGUCAAAUUUAUGAUAAAAAAAGGGAUGUUGUAGGACAUAAUUUAAGCAUGACCAUAUGACAUGGCUUACAGUUUACGUAUUAUUUUUCGUAUCAAUUUGAGACCAUAACAACCUAUUAAGCCAUAUAUAUUGGUUCAGUUCUUGUUUAAUACCUUAAACAAGUUUUCUAAACUCUUAACGCACCAACACACUUACCACACAUUCAUUCAAUCAUAGCACAAUGUUGUAAAAAACACUAACAUGAGAUGGAAUUACAGAAACUGCAUUCAUUUAUGCAGGUAUGUGUCAGGUCUCACAGUAUGGAUUAUAGAUUGUGUUUGCAAUGCAGUUUCUUUUGAAGCCUCUCUACAUUUUAGUUUUGUUGGGUUUUGUAAAUGCAUUCAUUUUGUUUCUUUUGCUGCAUAGAUUCAGAACAUGAUGACCCAUCUCAGAGUAGCUUUAUAGAAUGUACGGUUACUGUAUUGAAAAAAAUAAGACAGAAACAUAAUUGCUGCAGUAAAGGCUUCAUUUGCAACAGGACAUUACUACAAGAAAUAUGCAAUAUAGCUUCCAUUAACAGUAUUACCCUAGCUCUGGCCCUUCUCUGAGCGCCACCACACAUUCCAACUCCUCUCCCUCUCCCUUGUCCCACUCUUCUCCCUUGUCCUGGUACUUGUCUUCUACUCCCUUGUUCAGACAUUACUGUAUUCUUACUUUCUUGUGUUGCUCUAUAUUGUAAUUUUUCCACACCAGAUCAGCCCAAAGUGGUCCUCUUUACUGUCUAUACCAUAUGGUCAUGCAAUUUAAAGAACUUCAACACCUGAGUGUUUCCUAGUUGGGAAUCAGCUUUGAUAUACAGUAUUUGCAUAACUUCAGCUGUUUCUCAGUAGCAAUGGAAUAAAAUACAGUGGAUAUAUUUGUCUUUCAAUUUACAAUAUAAACAGCUGUUCACUUUGACUUUAGCCAAUAAUUUAGGUUUUGGCAGUAAAAAUCGAUUGUUUGGGUCUUGGUUGAGCUUGUGUGUAAAAGAAGUUCAAGCAUUUAAAAUGUGUGUUUACUCUAUGCAUUGUGUGUGAAAGCAACAAGAAAAGUGUUUAUUGUACAGCCUACACAGACGGAUGCUGUGCUAACUGUGUUAAGUUAGCACAACUGUGUUAAGUUAGUUAAAUUCCUUGUCUGUGCAAACUUUCAUUGCGAAUAAAUCCCUUUCUGAUUCUGAAGAGUUUAGGAAACUUGUUAAAGGUAUUGAAAAAACUGUCAUAGCAAUUGUAAAAAAACUGUAAAUACUGUAAUUGUGAUGCGGGUGUCAACAGUGCUUCAAUCCGUUGAACUGUUCGGGAUGUGUGAAGAAAUAAAGAACAAGUUUUACAACA